UGUUUGUUUGUGUCUCAUCUCUAAUGUAACUACCUUCUGCUUCAUCUUGCGACUGCAAAUAAUCUGUGAAUAACAAUGUCAAGAGGAGAAAUCGUCGUUCUUUUUCUCUCUGUACUGUUUGAGACGUCGUUGCAGGAAUGCAACAAUCCGACGGACUGCCCCACAGAGUACCAGCAAGUCUUCAGUGCAUCUACGACAGAAAUUCCUCAAUUGCUGAGAGCAGGUGUGACAGAGGUUUUUUUUGUGGAUAGCCAGGUGGAAACAAUACCUAAAGGAGCCUUUGCUAAAAACCCGGAGCUCGAAAAGGUGGAGUUCAUGAACACUCCAACAUCAACUAUUGAGCCAGGAGCUUUUGAAGGUUUGGGGUCCCUCAAGCACGUUGAGAUCUCCAGCACUCCAUUAAUGUUAAUACCAGUUGGAGUCUUCAAAGACCUCAGCAACCUGGAGAAUAUCAUACUGAAGUUGAACAGGAUACGUCUAUUGGAGAGAGGCUUGUUUGACGGCCUUAAAAAAGUAAGGGAGAUCCAGCUACAUGGGAACGAGAUCGCAUCGAUUGAAGAUGGGACGUUUGAAGGUCUUGAGAACCUUGUGUCUCUCCAUUUAGCUAAAAACAAUAUUUCCACUGUAUCAACCAGUUUGUUCUCACACCUUAACAAACUGCAGGUACUACGUCUUUAUGAGAAUCAGCUAACCACCAUUCCUGAGGACAUUUUUCAGAGUUUACCAGACUUGACGGAAAUCGCCUUGCAGGGAAACCAAAUAGCCGAAUUAUCACCAAAUCUCUUUCCACAUAAAGACAAACUAAAGAAGAUCACUUUGGAUAAUAACCUCCUCACCAGUUUACCUGAUGAAUAUUUUGUUGGCUUCCCUCAGCUUAAAACUCUGACCCUGCAGAAGAAUAAACUCACAAGUCUCCCACCAGUUCUUUUUGGGAAAAUGCCUAAACUGACUGCGUUAAGCCUCAGUCAAAAUGAUCUCAGCACCCUUCCUCCAGGAAUAUUUAGUCCCCUGAGCAAUGUCAAGAAGCUGGACUUGUCUAAUAAUCAUUUUGCCUCCUUGUCUCCCGAGUACUUUGAAGGCCCAGAGAAGCUCACGGAGCUGAACUUACAGAAUAAUCAGAUAAGGUCGUUGGAUGCAGAUGUGUUUGGAAAGCUCCAGUCACUGGUCUCACUAAAGCUCGAUCAUAACGACCUGCAGACGCUCCCUGAGGAUAUUUUUGAGCCUUUAAUAAAGCUAAGGAGGCUUUACCUCAGUGAAAACCCUUGGCACUGUGACUGUAAUCUGAUUUCUUUUCACCGCUGGAUAAAAGCAAACUCUGACAAACUGGCAUCACCUGUUGUCUGUGAGUAUCCAGAACAUUUAAAGGGGCAGAAAAUCCAAUCCUUGACAGAAGAUCUAUUCAUUUGCCCCACCCUUCCCCCCACAACUACCCGCCCAACCACGACAACAAUUCCCACAACACCAACAAGACCAACUACACCUCCGACCACAGAAGCAACAACAAUAAUACCAACCACAACUUUAGCUACAACCACCUCAACAUCCACCACACCUACAACCACACUUACAACGACCAAACCCACAACCACACCUACGACUACAACAACAACAACCACACCCACAACUACUCCAACUACUACUCCAACAACCACAACCACAACCACUACUCCAGCCACUACUCCAACAACCACACCCACAACUACACCAACUACUACUCCAACAACCACACCCACAACAACAAUCACAACCACUCCUCAAACAACCACACCCACAAUAACAACCACUAUUACAGCGACCAAACCCACAACCACACCUACGACUACAACAACAACAACCACGCCCACAACUACUCCAACUACUACUCCAACAACCACAACCACAACCACUACUCAAGCCACUACUCCAACAACCACACCCACAAUUACACCAACCACUACUCCAACAACCCCACCAUCAACAACAACCACACCCACAAUAACAACCACUACUCCAAGAGCCACAUCCACAAUAAGAACCUCUACCACUACUCCAACCACUACUCCAACAACCACACCCACAACAACAACCACACCCACAAUCACUACUCCAGCCACUACUCCUACAACCACAACAACAACCACCACCACUCCUUCAACAACCACACCCACAACAACAACCACAACCACUACUCCAUCAACCACACCUACAACCACACUUACACCGACCAAACCCACAACCACAAUAACAACCACACCUACGACUACAACCACAACCACUCUUCCAACAACCACAUCGACAACAACAGCCACUACAACAACCACAACCAAUACUCCAUCAACCGUACCUACAACCACACUUACAACGACCAAACCCACAACCACAAUCACAACCACACCUACGACUAUAACAACAACAGCCACACCCCCAGCAACAACCACAACCACUACUCCAACAACCACACCUACAACUACACUUACAAUGACCAAACCAACAACCACAACCACACCUAUGACUACAACAACAACAACAACAACCACACCCACAACUACUCCAACCACUACUACAACAAUCACAACCACUACACAUAUCUUCACACAUCCAGUGGAACCAGUGUCUCCUGUCUCUUUAAUCUCAUAUCGGCACAGAAGCAAAGAACAGCAGUGCAAGUCCCUGCUGAUGAUCUACACUGCACUGCUGGUGGUGGAGAUCACCUGCACAGUGGUGCUGGCUAAGUUCACCCUGGCUGUUUACUUCCUGCUGCAAUACAAAGAGAAGAUAAAUAACAGGGUCAAACUCACACGCUUCUCCCACAGGAAAGAGGUCAUCCUUAGGCCUCUUCGAGAGGCAGAGACUCAAGGACUUUAAACAACAACAAUACUAAACAGAGAGUUCAAUGCUCUAGUUACUAUGAUGGUAAAUGGCGAGCAGUCAAAACACCUGCAGAAGAACUCUUAAACCUGAAAUUAUAGAUAUCUUUUUGGUGAUCACCUUCAAAAGGUGAAAUAUCUGCAAUAUGCUGCGAGCUGCUGAAACAUCUAUAGAGCGGGAGGGCAACUGGAGAGAUGGGAUAUAAUUCUCCUGGCUUUGUCAAUAUGAGUCUUAGCUUUCACACAUCAUUAGUCCUGUUGUCCAUUGUCAAUAUGAAAGUGGCCUAUGGCAGGUUUAAAUAAUAAGCUUCCCUGCAUCCGUUUCAAAACACUAGUACGUGUGUAACGUGCUGCGAAUGGAUCGAGUCCAGUCUACAUUCAGGACAUAGUCAAAGCUCACGGCCCAGCCCGUUCACUUUGUUCUGCAUCUGCCAAUUGGCUUGUUGCUCCCUUUCAGCCAACCAUUCACCAAAAUCAUGACUGUUUGCUGUCCUGGCUCCUAAAUUGUGGAACGAGCUCCCUAAUGACAUCAGUCCAGCAGAAAGUCUAUGCAUCUUUUGCCGCCAACUAAAAACACGUCUCUUCUGACUUUACCUUGAAUAGAAAAUAUAAUUUAUAUGGUACUUUCUUAUAGCACUUUGGAGUUUGGCUUUCUUAAGGAAAAUUGUACUUUCUUGAUUCUUUGUUGUUCUGUGUUUGUACCCUCAUGGUUGAAUGCACUUAAUUUAAGUUGCCUUGGCUGAAAGCAUCAGCUAAAUAUAAUAUAAUGAAAUGUAAAAGUUGAUUUAAUGGUUAGAAUAUGUACAAUACACAUUCCUAAUAAAAAACAUGUAACCGA